UCGAAAACUAAUUUAUCGACAGAAAAAUUACCGUUUAAAAAACUUGAAAAUGUUAACGUUAUCAGUGUAAACAAUAAUUUUAUCGUACAAAUUUUAUUCUAUUUUGUAUGAAAGGUGACGAAUGAAUUGCAAAAGGAAGAUUUAUAAUUUUAGUAUUAAGUGACAAGUUCUGUGAAAUAUUACAAUAAGAAUGCAAUCUUUUGUGACUAACAGGAGGACAAAUAGUACGAAAAAGUACCAAGUUUCAAGAAAAAGUCCUUACGAUAAUUAUAAAGAAAAUUUGAAUUACAAUGAUAAACUACAAAUUACUGACGACUACUCAAGGACAUUAUCGACAAGAACCACUGGCUCUUCAAAUAUUGUAUUACGAUUAUCAGAAUCCAAUAAUUAUAGUAUCGACGAUGCUACAACUCAAAGUUACAAAUUAACCACUUCAUCAAGCAAACAAAAAUCAUUUAAUUCAGAAAUAAAAGAUAUUAUUGUAAUUAGCGAUUCAAGUGAUGAUGAUAAAUUUAUAAAAAAUUCAAUUAAGUCCGAUAAUUUUAAAAAACUUCAAAAAAGUAGUAUCUGCAUUUCAUCAUCUUCAGAUGAAUCUGAUAAAGAUGAUUUUAUUUUAAAAUACAAUGAUCAAACAAAUACACUAAACAGUAAUGCAGCUAAAAGAAGAAUUUCAAAUAAUUUUAAACCUCUUAAUACUUUUAAAACUCGACAGAGAUGCAGUAUUUUAUAUACAUCGGACGAUACUGCAUCAACGGCUUCAACAAAAUCAAAAAGUUCAUCGUCACAAAAAAAAAAUAAAUCACCAAAUUCAUCAAUUUCUCACAUUAGUGCAACACCAUAUCCAAUUGUUUCUAAUAAAUCAAAUGAAAUUGAUAAACCCAUUUCAAAGGCAAUUGAUAAAUUAAAAAAUCAAUCAACAACAAAAGCAACUACGAGUCCAAGUUUUUGUAGUACCAAAUAUCAAAAAUUAUUUCCAAGAAAAAUCAACAAAAAUCAUCAACUUUCAAAGGCGGAAGCACUAAAAAUUCUCAAAGUUGUGAAAUCAAAACAAUUAAAUUAUUUCUCCGCCAGUGAUAGUGAAAAAAGUCAAAUAUCAGAUUCUUUCAAUUCACCUCGUAAACGAAGUAAUGGAGCAAAAAAAUCAAAUAUCAUUAAUGAAACUGAUUCGGAAAAGUCAAAAAGUACAAAAUCAAGUGAAAAUAAAAAAACUAAAUCACAAAAAUCGAAUAUUAUUAAUGAAACUGAUUCUGAUAAAUCAAUUGAAAAUGAAAAAAGUAAAUCAAAUAUUAUUGAAGAAACUGAUUCCGAAUUAGAGGAAAAUAAUCCAAAAAUUCAAAAAGAGAAAAUUCUUCAAAUUCUUCAAAUUCCACCAACUGAUGAAAAUCCCGGUUACAAUAAUCUCUCGGCAAGAAAACGUAAAGAAAUUGCCAAUUGGAUAAUGUUAAAUAAUCCUGAUGCAAAUAGUGAGAGUUCAUUUAGUCACAUUUCGGGUAGUAAUAGAAAUAGUGUUUGUUCAGGUAAUAGUAGCUUGGAAAGAUUAGAAGUUAAUUACGAAACACCAAAUAAUCGAGGUAAAUUUUUAAAAUUACAUUCCGAUAAAAAGAAAAGUGCAGAUGAAUCCGAAUUAAAAACACCAAUUGCAAAUGCAACUGAUGUUCUCAAUGGUUUAAAACUUGUCGAUACCAAUAAAAGAAUUAAUAAUCGCACUCCAUUAACUGAAAAUCGUUUAACAAUAUCAACAAAUACAAAAUCUACAGAAACAAGUGUUAAACGACAAACAAGAAUUGAUGAGUAUUUAAAAAAAACUAAAACUAUUUCUGGAAAAUCAAUAACUGUUAUUACACCAAGAAAUAAUGUUACAAAAACACCUGCAAUAAAUUCAAAACCUGAGGAUGUGAAAAUUGAGGAUUGCGUUGAUAUUUUGGAUAAAUUGUACGGCGAUACUUGGAGAGCAAAAGCUGAUGUUAUUUUAUCAGAACCAAGAAAGAAAAACGUGGUAAAAAAAGACCGUGGUGUACAAACUGAAAGGAAAACACGUUUAAGAUUAAAUGUUGAUUCCGAUAGUGAGGAAGAUCUUGAUUUCGGAAAAUUUGUUCAAAAUGUUAGACCGACUCUAAAUUCAACGAGAAAAGUACGAACAGAGGCAAAAACUUUAACAAAUAAUAGAUUAAAAAGAAAAGAAAUUGACAGUUUUAUUAAUGAUAAUUCAUCAAGUGAUGGAAGUGUUCCCAGUUCGUACUACACGGCUGUCACUAAUCAUGAAAUAAAUUAUAAGAAAAAAAUUACUGAUACUCCUGCAUCAACUUCAACAUUGAGGGCAUUGGCAAUUUGUGAUCCUGAAUCAGACGAGGAACCAAUAAAUAAUUUAAGAAACAAUCAUUUCAAUAGAAAAAAAUUAUCAUACAGUGACAAAGAAAAUUCAUCAAGUUCAACUAGUGAAUUUGAUCCAGAAGAUAUUAUACAUCCAAAAACUGUGAUAAAAAAACCUAUUAAGAAAAAUUUACAACACGUUACAAAUUCACUGAAGGCUAAAGCUCCAGCAAUUAAAAAAACUUACAGCUUUUUGGCCUCUCUCAAUUCUUCCAUUUCGAUAACUGAUGCUCAUCAAGACGCGCGUGUUUUUCGAGAGAAUUUCAAAAAAACAAAAGAAGUACUUUGUCAACGGUUGUUUGCAAUGUAUAAUGAAAAAAUAUUUGAUAAUAAACUGCCAAAAGAUAUGCUAAUUGAUUGGAGUACAAGAAUGCGAGGAACUGCUGGUUUUUGUUACAAUAAAAAAUCAAUUAAAAGCCUGGGAACAACAAUAAGAUCUUCUAGAAUUGUACUAUCAACUAAGGUAUUGGACAGACCUGAUCGACUACGAGAUACUUUAGUGCAUGAAUUGUGUCACGCAGCAUCUUGGAUAAUUAAUGAACUUUCAGAUGGUCAUGGACCAAUUUGGAAAGGCUGGGCAAAAAAAGCAAUGAAAGCAUUUCCCGAAUUACCACCAGUGAGUGUGUGUCAUAAUUAUAAAAUACACACAAAAUACACUUAUAAGUGUACAAAUUGUGGAUAUAGUAUUGGAAGACACUCAAAAUCACUGGAUGUACAAUUGAAACGUUGCGGUUAUUGUUAUGGAAAAUUUGAAUUGUUCAUUAAUCGAACAACAAAAUCGGGAAAUGUAGAAAUGAAAACACCGUCACGCACAAAGGAUCCAUCGGCAUUUGCUCUCUAUGUUAAGGAAAAUUAUCAAAAUGUCAAGCAAAAUAGAAGAAGUAUGAAACACGGUGAAGUAAUGAAGGUUUUAGGUCAGCAAUUUUCUUCAAUAAAAAUUGCUAAACAACAAAAUUGAUAUUAAAGAAAAAAAAUUAAAGUAAAUUUUUCUUUAGACGAAAAAUAAUUAAUUAUGCUGGAACCAUAUAUAUAUAUACAUAUGUAUUAUAAUAUCUAUUAUGGAAUUUUUAUUUUAAAAGAAGUUAUUUUUUAAGUUUUCAUUUUAUAUGCUACAUGACUAAUAGCAUUGUGUCAUGAAAAAAAAAUAUAUAUAUAUAUUUUUUUUUUAAUAAGAAAAGUUAAAACUUUUUAUAUAUACAAUUAAGAUGUUAUAAGCAUAAUGUAAUAAUUAAAUAGACUGAUAUGAUUUUCUCAUUGCAGAAUACACAAUAUGUGUUUAAUAAUGUACUUCAAAAAUUUUUUAAUUGCAAAUAAUACAUAUUCUAAAAAUUGCAUUUAUAUAUUAUUUAAUUCUGAGAAUUAAAAUAUUUUGCAAAUAA